AUGUCGUCCAAAAAUUGCGAUGACAGCAGUGCAGGGGUCUGUCAUGGCGGCCGUCCUGACCUGACAUUGGGCCUGGAGGACUAUGUUAUGAUCCUCAUACCAGCUGCAUGUCUGCUCUUGAUGGCCCCUCUGAGGCUGAGAAGAACAUGGGGCCGUAGUCGGAAGGUCGUGUCGCCUACUGCUCUAUGGUGGGCCAAGACGAUGUCAUCCACCUCGUUCGUUGGUCUAAGCCUAGCAGUCCUCAUCAGAGGAUGUGUGCGACCACAUGCGCCAUCAGCAGAGAUACCUGCCGAAGUGUUCUCGUUCCUAGCCUCGCUAACGGCCGCCAUCCUGUCACAAUGGGAACACAUGCGGUCUAUCAGACCAAGCGCACUGCUGCAACUUUAUCUGAUGGUAGCCUUGGUGGUGCAAGCUGUACACCUUCGCUCGAUCUGGCUUCGUGAUGAGGAUACAAUCAUGAGAGGUCUGGGUAUCGGCCAAAUUGUUGCCUGUGCCAUCUUCCUCGCUGUCGAAAGCGUGAGCAAGGAGUCCAUACUACUGCAUCGACAGAAGCGGAGCCCUCAAGACACCAACGACAUGUUCAGCCAACGCCUGUUCUGGUGGUUGAACAACAUGUUCAAGCGUGGGUACACCUCGGUACUCGCACCCAAUGAUCUCGAUAAGAUGGACGAAGAUCUCUCAUCAACAGACCCACAACGAAGAUUUAGACUGGAAUGGCGUAAGCACACUACAAAAAAUCCCAAGGUCAACAUGCUCCGCAUCAUUUUCAGCGCCAUCGGAUACGAUAUGAUGUUUCCGGUCAUUCCUCGUCUGCUUCUGCUUGCGAUCCAGUUCUCUCAACCGUACCUGAUCCUGCGUUUCGUUGACUACAUCGACAACCCCGAUGAGGGUGGUACCGAAGAGGGAAUCCUGCUAGUGAUAGCCACCGCAAUAGUUUAUGUGGCUAUCGCGACCUUCCAGAGCUGGUAUUGGCAGGCGGUUGUCCGUUUCCAGACAAAACUCCGAGGUUGUUUGAUCAGUCAGAUUCAUGACAAGGCCCUCCGCUCUCGGGUUGAUACAGACUCCAAUCCCCUCAUGCUCAUGAAUGUUGACGUCGAAAAGACACUCGUCGGUAUCAGACCGAUGCAUGAGUUUUGGGCCUGCGGUGUCUCGAUUGUUAUCGCUCUUGGGCUGCUCUACAGCCAAGUAGGAUUACCAUUCCUCGCUCCACUCGUGCUUCUUGUGGUGUUUGUUGCAAUCGCCUCAUCAAAUGGCAAAAAAAUUGGCCCAAAAACGAAACUCUGGCUUGCAGCAACACAAGAACGUGUCUCCUACAUUACCAGCGUAAUCGGGUCAAUGAAGAAUAUCAAGUUACUUGGUAUUGGACCAUCAGUCCUGGACAAAGGCAACAAGCUGCGUGAGAAGGAAGUUCGUGCCCAGAGAGCGAUCCGCAUGGCGGCUAUGAUCAAUCUGGUAAUCUCGCUUGUCAACUCGCAAGCGGCUGCGCUCGUCAUGUAUGGAGCCUUUGCGAUCAAGACUCAUCUGACUGGAGUACCGCUGACCAAUUCGAUCCUCUUCACGUCGUUGGCUGUGUUGAAACUUUUCACUAAUCCACUUCUCAUGACGAUCCAGUAUCUACCCUCCUUGCUGCAAGUUUUUGCUGCACUUGCCAGAAUUCAAGAGUACCUUGUUACAGAAGACCACACAGAUCAGCGUACGAUUGAUUCGGAAGCCAUGGCACAUGGCCGCAACACCAAAACAGGCAUCUCGGUCUCUGAGACCACUGAACUCGCACAAAUGCGGAAACUGACCUGUGGUUACGCUGACGGCGUUGAAGUAUUGAAAGAUGUUGAACUCAGCUUACCUCGCAAUAAACUUAACAUCGUCGUUGGAAGUGUUGGCUCAGGCAAAUCGACUUUGCUCAAAGCUCUCCUCGGCGAGGUUACUGUCAAGUCUGGAUCAAUAGUUGUCGCAGAUGAUGAAAUUGCCUAUUGCAGUCAAAAUCCAUGGCUCUGGAACGGCAGUAUACGUGAGAACAUAGUAGGAGCCGACCCCCACGACGAUGUGUGGUUGACCAAAGUUUCCUGGGCUUGUGGACUGGACCAGGACUUCCAGGAACUCCCAGAUGGUAUCGAUACUCGCGUUGGCAAUGACGGCACUGCUUUGAGUGGUGGGCAGAAGAAUCGAAUCAGUCUGGCACGAGCCAUAUACUCCCGCAGGUCAUUGGUACUGCUCGAUGAUGUACUUUCUGGUCUGGAUACACGCACAGAGAGACUUGUCUUUAAUCGUGUUCUGGGUCCUCAAGGAAUUCUUCGUAAGAUGAGAAGCACAGUCGUGUUGGCCACGCACGCUAUUGGUUGGCUACGCUAUGCCGAUACAAUACUUGUGCUCGAGGACGGAAAACUUGUUUAUCAAGGCGCACCGGGCAACGCGCCCGCCUCUUUCAUCCGGCAACACGCAGGCAUUCCGGAACAAGACCCUGAAGAAGAUAUCGAUAAUACCAGCCCGGCUGAGAUUCCGAUCAAGAAAUCACGGUCGUCCAGUGUCUCUUCAUCAACAGCAAAAACUGUAUCCAAUUGGCAACUGUACAAAGACUACUUCAGGUCGUUCGGCACCCUUGGACUUACCUCUUUCACUCUUCUCAUCAUAGGAUUUUCCGUUCUGCAAUGUGUACAACAGCUUGUGCUCAAAUGGUGGGCUGGAGCCGAAGUAACAAGUUCAUCUGGACUGGGCAAGUGGGUUGGUAUCCUGGGCGCCAUAACUGUGGCCUUCGUAGUCGUUGUGUUCUUGACGCUUUAUGUCGGCUUCAUAUACAUGUUCCCACGAUCCAGCUUGUACCUGCAUGUCAAGCAAUUUACAGCACUGGUCAAGGUCCGCUACUCAGCUUGGGGUGGGAAAGAGACUGGCAGUAUAGCCAACAGGUUCUCUCAGGACAUCUCGAUCAUCGACAUGCAACUGGGAAAUGCUUUGCUUAAUGUUAUGGCAGGUACGACUGACGUUAUUGCCAUGGCAUCGAUCAUCAUUGUGGCCACACCGUUCAUUGCUGCGACGCUGCCAGUCCUUGCACUUGUUUUCUGGGUCAUUCAAAACAUCUAUCUACGAACUGGCAAACAGCUACGAAUCAUGGAUCUUGAGGCGAAAGCUCCCCUGUGUACACACUUUUUGGAGACAGUGACUGGUGUUGCGACCAUCAAGUCGUUCGGCUGGGCCAAAGCAUACAGGGAGAAGAACGAGAAGUUGUUGGAGGAGAGUCAAACGCCAUACUAUCUCCUUGAAUCAGUACAAAACUGGCUCACUCUCGUCCUGAACCUCGUAGUCGCCGGUCUAGCUACAGUAACAAUGGCUAUAGUCGUGAAACUCCGAGCUAGCAGAGAUGCCGGUUAUGUUGCUCUGGCUUUGAUCAACAUCAUGGACAUCGGACCGAUUCUAGAAAUGCUCGUUGUAGCUUGGACACAGCUAGAAACGAGUAUGGGCGCUAUCGCUCGCAUGAAAGAAUUCAUCGAAAGCACCCCAGAAGAAGAGCAAGGAAAGGUCAACCCUCCGUCAGACUGGAUGACUGAAGGCAGCAUCUCCAUCACCAACCUCGAAGCAUCCUACUCAGACACUGCGCCAUCCACAAUCAAGAACAUCAACCUGCAGAUCAAGCAUGGUCAGAAGAUUGCCAUCUGCGGUCGCACAGGCAGCGGCAAAUCCUCACUUGCAUCGGCCGUCUUUGGUCUUUUGCACAUCAGCAGUGGCUCCCUAAAAAUUGACGGCAUAGACAUCACAACCGUGUCCCAAGAACUCCUUCGCUCGAAAAUGAUCGCAUUACCGCAAGACCCCUACUUCACCUCCGGCACCGUACGCGAGAACCUCUCCCUCCGCGCCACAGACACAAAACGCAGCGAUGCAGAGAUGCUAGCAUCCCUCUCACGCGUAGGCCUCCUCUCCAAGUUCUCAACUCUAGCUGAAGCAGAGGGCUCAACAUGGCAAACCGCUCUCGACGUGAUUCUGAACCCAGACGACAUGCUCACUAAAGGGCAAACCCAGCUGUUCGCCAUGGCACGCGCAAUACUAUCUUCCGGCAGUAUUGUUCUGGUAGACGAAGCUACUUCGGGACUUGACCAUGAGACUGAAGCUACUGUGCAAAAGUUGUUAAGAGAGGAGUUUGGAGGUAAGACUGUCAUCGCGAUUGCGCAUCAUCUGCAGACGAUUGUGGAUUUUGAUGUUGUGGUUGUGCUGGAUGGAGGCAGGAUUGCUGAAGUGGGUGUGCCUGGGGAGUUGAGAGAAAAGGAGGGCAGUCUGUUCGGGGAGUUGCUUAGAGCUGCCACUUGA